AAUCCAAAGUCAUUUUAUUGUUAAUUUACAUCUAAUGCUUAUUGUGUAGUAAUUAAUCAUAUAGGCUAUUAUUAUUUUGAAGAAAACCAAAUUACUAUGAGGAGUUGUAUGCCAGAGAUAACAUUUUUAUCAGAGUGUUGUGCGUUUCUCCAGUAAAAAUAAAUCAGAGAAACAUACACCUCUCACCAAAUGAUCAACAUUACAUAUGCAAAGAGGACAAUAUGACAGACAAAAGAGUUCCUUCAUAUGUGAAAGCUGAGUUGUCAUUAACUUGGAACUGUUUCUUCCAGAUCCCCUACUGGCCAAUCAUACUUGAUCAUGGGCGGAGACUUGACAGAGAAGACACCUUAAGGCUCCAGAGAGACUACAGAGACUCGACCAGAGAGACUACAGAGAGAGACUCAACCAUAGAGAGACUCAACCAGAAACAGCAGUAACCAGACAGAGGAUCAACCAGAGAGAAACAAGCUUCCAGAGACUAGAUACAGGAUCCAGAGAGACCAGACAGAGAACAAAGAGAGAGCUGAGUUAUGGAGACACAUCACUGUGAUACCUGUGGGAAGAGCAUUUCCUCAUCCAGAAGCCUCAAGAUGCACAUGAAGAUCCACACUGGAGAGAAGCCCUACAGCUGUGACCUCUGUGGUAAAACCUUUAGCCGUGCUAGCAGUUUAACAAUUCACCGCAGAAUCCACACUGGAGAGAAGCCCUACAGCUGUGACCUCUGUGAUGAAACCUUUAGCAGUGGUAGCAGUUUCACAAUUCACCGCAGAAUCCACACUGGAGAGAAGCCCUACAGCUGUGACCUCUGUGGUAAAACCUUUGGCCAGACUUCCACUUUGAGAAAUCACCUCAGGAUCCACACUGGAGAGAAGCCCUACAGCUGUGACCUCUGUGAUAAAACCUUUAGCAGAGCUAACCAUUUCACUGUUCACCGCAUGAUCCACACUGGAGAAAAGCCCUACAGCUGUGACCUCUGUGAUAAAACCUUUAGCCGUGCUAGCAGUUUCACAGAUCACUGCAGAAUCCACACUGGAGAGAAGCCCUACAGCUGUGACCUCUGUGGUAAAACCUUUAGCCAUGCUAACAGUUUCACAAUUCACCGCAGAACCCACACUGGAGAGAAGCUCUACAGCUGUGACCUCUGUGGUAAAACUUUUAGCCAGGCUGGCCCUUUCAGAGCUCAUAGCAGGAUCCACACUGGAGAGAAGCCCUACAGCUGUGACCUCUGUGGUAAAACCUUUAGUCAGGCUUCCACUUUGAGAACUCACCUCAGAAUCCACACUGGAGAGAAGCCUUACAGCUGUGACCUCUGUGGUAAAACCUUUAGCCAUGCUGGCAAUUUCGCAGCUCACAGCAGGAUCCACACUGGAGAGAAGCCCCACAGCUGUGACCUCUGUGGUAAAACCUUUAGCCGUGCUGGCAAUUUAACAGUUCACAGCAGGAUCCACACUGGAGAGAAGCCCUACAGCUGUGACCUCUGUGACUAUUCAGGUAAAACAAGUAGCCAUCUGAAGCGUCACCUGCGUGUCCACAAUAGAAAACCCCCAAAGCAGUGAUGUCUGGGGCCAAGCUGUCCCAGCAGUCACCACCUGAGAGAACUUCUGUAUGACCCACAGCUGGAAGAACUACCGGCCUACAACUAAAAAAUCUAAAAUCCUCUGCUGUUAGACUGCUCCUCCCAAGGUUUCUUCCAUUUUGUUGAUCAAAUUUUAUUGAUGUAAUACUUUUUAGCCUGUGUUAGGAACCUUGUCUAGGGAGAAACGCCGUAACACUAGACAAACACACAAGACAGAACACACAUGCAAACAGGGUGAGGGACAGGGAACAACCUGUGUUCUGCACCUUUUGUUCACCAACUGUCUUUGGAGGAGGGGAGCACUGAACUGCUCCUCGCAAGGUUUCUUCUAUUUGUUCUCAAAUUUUCCUUGUCUUUCUAAAGGGUUACGGUUGGUUAGGGGUAGUUCUAUGGGCGUAUGUCAAGCCCUCUGUGACAUCGCUUGUAAAAAUGGCUAUACAAAUAAACUUGAUUUGAAUUUGAUGAUAAGUCGUCCAAUGCACACUGAUCUUUAUCCAUUGUUGAAGAAUACAACACACUUCUCUGUAUUUACAUUUGCAAGUAAAGGAUCAAGAGACUGCAUGGUUCUGAAACAAAAGGGUUUAUUGUCCUAUUUACAAGAUGAUAGCCUGAUAACAGCAGUUUACACCCUUCUCUCCUGCCUCCUGGAUGGUUCUGAAAUAAAAGGGUUGUAAUAGAAAAUGAUGAUGAAAAAGAUGUCUAUACUAUUCUUUUGCCUGGACAUUUUUUUGUUUAAGUUUUAACUAACCUUUUGGCCUAAGACAGUAUUGCUCAAGUUUCCGCUUGCUGACCAAACGUCUAACAAAUUAGACUGUUUGACCCUGGUUGUUUUGCCCACACAGCAUGGAU